AUGGCUGCGUGAAAAUUUCUUGAUCAUCAAGUCAAUCUCUUCCUCAUAAAACCCUCUUCAAUCGUUAAGAACCCUAAUCUAGUCUCCUUUUAAUCAAUUGGAGAUUCCAGGAGCAAACAAAAUGGCUCAGAAGUGUGCGAUUGGUUUGAUAUCAGCUCUAGCAGCUUCCGCUUCCUUCUCGAAAUCGAACAUCGCUUCUGCAGAUGGACCUCCUCUCACCUUCUCCGCCUUCUCCACUUCUCCGACUCCUCAGCAGCAGCAGGGUUCCGCUACUCCGCCGGCGCCAGGAUCUGGCGAAGAGUCCGAUUCUCCUCCGCGGAUUCGGAACGAUAAUCCGAGGACGACUUCAGCUGGGUUCGAUCCCGAGGCGCUUGAGCGAGGGGCGAAGACCGUGAAAGGGAUUAACAACUCUGCUCAUGCCAAAAAGGUAUUUGAAAGAAUUAAGACACAAGAAGAGACGAGGCAAGCUGAGUUUGCUGCUAAGGCCCAAGAGUUUAAAGCUCUCCAAUCACAAGCUGAAGCUGAAAGGCAAAGGGUGAUACACGAGGAACAGAAGAAACUUGCUCAACACCAAGCACAAACAAAAGCACAGAUGGCUCGCUAUGAAGAUGAAUUAGCAAGAAAAAGGAUGCAGGCUGAGAAUGAAGCCCAGAGAACAAGAAACCAAGAACUCGUGAGGAUGCAAGAAGAAUCAGCGAUUAGGCGGGAAGGAGCUCGGCGAGCUACCGAGGAAGAGAUCCAAGCACAGAGACGACAGACGGAGAGGGAGAAAGCUGAGAUUGAACGUGAGACGAUCAGGGUCAAAGCUAUGGCAGAAGCCGAAGGGAGGGCACGUGAAUCGAAGCUAUCUGAAGACGUCAACAGGAGAAUGCUUGUCGAUCGUGCAAAUGCAGAAAGGGAAAAAUGGGUUUCUGCUAUCAAUACUACAUUCGAUCACAUUGGAGGGGGCUUGCGUAUGAUUCUAACUGAUCAGAACAAGCUGGUUGUUGCUGUUGGAGGUAUCACUGCUCUUGCAGCUGGAAUCUACACAACAAGAGAAGGUGCCAAGGUUAUCUGGAGCUACGUGGAUAGAGUCUUGGGGCAACCUUCUCUAAUUAGAGAAUCAUCGAGAGGAAAGUACCCUUGGUCUGGCUCUUUUUCUCGUGCCUUGUCCACGUUGAAGGGUGGUGGUAAGGAAGCUGCAUCGACAAAUGGAAAAGGAUUCGGUGAUGUUAUUUUGCACCCUUCUCUUCAAAAGAGAAUCGAACAGUUAGCCAGUGCAACUGCCAACACAAAGUCUCACCAAGCACCUUUUCGAAAUAUGCUUUUCUACGGUCCACCAGGAACCGGGAAGACAAUGGCUGCCCGAGAGCUGGCUCGUAAAUCUGGUCUGGACUAUGCGUUGAUGACGGGUGGAGAUGUUGCACCCCUUGGAGCUCAGGCUGUAACAAAGAUACACCAACUGUUUGACUGGUCCAAAAAGUCUAAGAGAGGUUUGUUGCUCUUCAUCGAUGAAGCCGAUGCGUUUCUCUGCGAGCGGAACAAAACAUAUAUGAGUGAAGCCCAAAGGAGUGCACUAAACGCACUCCUCUUCCGCACAGGUGACCAGUCCAAAGACAUAGUCCUAGCGCUCGCCACAAACCGACCAGGUGAUCUAGACUCAGCAGUGGCUGACCGUGUCGACGAGACUCUCGAGUUCCCCUUACCCGGAGAAGAAGAGCGUUUCAAGCUUCUAAACCUCUACCUGGACAAGUACAUUACCAAGACUAAUCUUAAAAAGCCUGGUUUGCUCCAAAGCCUUUUCAAGAAAGACCAGCUGAAGAUCGAGGUAAGAGGCGUCACAGAGGAUCUCUUGAAAGAAGCUGCCGCGAAAACAAAAGGGUUUUCAGGUAGAGAGAUCGCGAAGCUGAUGGCAAGCGUUCAAGCGGCUGUGUAUGGAAGCGCGGAGUGUUUGUUGGACGCGAACCUUUUCAGAGAGGUGAUUGAUUACAAAGUCGCUGAGCAUCAACAGAGGAAGAAACUAGCUGGAACCGAUACAGGUAACAAGAAAUGAAAUCAUACAUCAACAUAUGUUGUAGAUUUGAACAAUUACUCAAAACUCAAAACCCCGAGCAUUGUUUAUGAAAGGGUUUGGGCAAAGAAAAAGAUUUUUGAUUUUCCAAAUUGUUCCUCCCUAUGAUUCUAAAGGUGAGAUUUAUAGGAUUGUUUGAAGAUUCAGUCUUCUUGGUUAUUAGUCAUUUCAAUCUUGAGUA